GGGUCAUAAACCCUGACCUAUAUCUAUCAGCACUGUCAACACCAUAAACCCUAGCACUUGGCACUCACUCAUGGACCCCAAAAACGUGAAAUCGGACCUGGUUCUCAUUCUCGAUUACGGUUCCCAAUACACCCACCUCAUCACUCGCCGCAUCCGCAGCCUCUCGGUGUUCUCCCUAUGCAUCUCCGGCACCUCCUCUCUUUCAACCAUCACCGACCUCAACCCCUCCGUCGUCAUUCUCUCCGGGGGCCCCCACUCCGUCCACACCCCGGACUCCCCCUCCUUCCCCGACGGCUUCCUCCAGUGGGCCCAUUCCAAUGGCGUCACCGUCCUCGGCAUCUGCUACGGCCUCCAGCUCCUCGUUCAGCGCCUCGGCGGCGACGUCCGCGUCGGAGACAAGCAGGAGUAUGGCCGCAUGGAAAUCUGCGCUGACAAACCCUCCGCGCUCUUCGGCCCCGAGAAAGUCGGUAAACGACAGGUCGUCUGGAUGAGCCACGGCGACGAGGCCGUCACGCUACCCGAUGGAUUCCAUGUCGUCGCCCGCAGCGACCAGGGCGCCGUCGCCGCCAUUGAAAACCCCUCCGCCAAGCUCUACGGCCUCCAGUAUCACCCUGAGGUGACGCAUUCGGAGGAAGGAAUGGAGACACUGCAGCGUUUUCUGUUUGAUGUUUGUGGUGUGGGAGCAGGGUGGAAGAUGGAGGAUGUGAUGGAGGAGGAGAUAAAGGUGAUUAAAGAAACGGUGGGGCCUGAUGAGCAUGUGAUUUGUGCUUUGUCUGGUGGUGUGGAUUCCACUGUUGCUGCUACUCUCGUGCAUAAGGCUAUUGGGGAUAGGCUUCAUUGUGUGUUUGUGGAUAAUGGGUUGCUUAGGUAUAAGGAGAGGGAGCGGGUGAUGGAGACUUUUGAGAAGGAUCUUCAUUUGCCGGUUGUGUGUGUUGAUGCCGUGGGUCAGUUUCUUACCAAGUUGAAAGGUGUCGUGGAUCCAGAGACUAAGAGGAAGAUUAUUGGGAAGGAGUUUAUUUGUAUUUUUGAUGCUUUUGCUCAGGAGCUUGAGGGGAAGCUGGGGAAGAAGCCUUCUUAUUUGGUUCAGGGGACGUUGUAUCCUGAUGUGAUUGAAUCUUGUCCUCCACCUGGGACCGGGAGAACCCAUUCCCAUACCAUUAAGAGUCAUCAUAAUGUUGGAGGCCUUCCAAAAGAUAUGAAGUUGAAGCUUAUUGAACCACUUAAGCUUCUGUUCAAGGAUGAGGUUCGUCAAUUAGGGAGGAUCUUGGAUGUUCCUGUGGCCUUUCUAAAACGUCACCCAUUCCCAGGGCCUGGUCUUGCAGUGAGAGUCCUGGGUGAUGUGACUGAAGGAAAUGCUUUAGAUAUUCUCCGACUGGUUGAUGAAAUUUUCAUUCAGUCAAUCAAGGAUGCUGGGCUCUAUGAUUCAAUAUGGCAAGCUUUUGCAGUUUUCUUGCCUGUUCGAUCGGUUGGAGUUCAAGGUGAUCAAAGAACACACUCCCAUGUUGUUGCUCUCAGAGCUGUUACAAGUCAAGAUGGAAUGACUGCUGACUGGUACUACUUUGAGCACAAGUUCCUUGACGAUGUUUCCCGAAAGAUCUGUAAUGGUGUCCGUGGUGUAAACCGUGUUGUGCAAGAUAUUACGUCAAAGCCACCAUCAACAAUUGAAUGGGAAUAGUAUCACAUUUUAUGGGUUUUACUUCACAAAAGUAGCGAGGUACUUUGAAGUUGUAUAUGCGCUAAGGCACUGGCUAUUUUCUUAUUUGGCUUUCAUGUCUUCUUCCUUGCGUGCCCUAUGGCUUGGAGGGAAGUUAUGGGAGGGGGAAUUUCUAGUGGAAUUAAUAUGAUUCUUAUGAUUGAAGUAGGAGUUGAGUGGAUCAUAACCAAAAUUAUUAUGAUCCCCCCCCCCCCCCCCCCAUGAAUCAAUUUUAUUAAUAUUAUAGUUUUUGAAGUCGAAGAUCAUGAACAAUGUAAUUGGAUUGAUGACAAAAAAUCUGAGACGCGAGAUACUCGUACUUUCUUUAAGGAUUUA